GUGUAGACUUAUCGCGGGAGGCUCGUCUGAUCCUUUUGCAGCCACAGUUUGUGGCCGCUGGGGGCAGCAGCUUCUGAGACGCAAGCGUAGAGGAAGUCGAUGUUUACGCGUCGUUGUAAACUACCGGGUCGGUGUUAGCGCCAGCAGUCAGGUAAACCACUGACAGGGUGAAAUGUUUUUUGAGAAUGAUCCCCGGCAGUUCUCUUACCGCUGCUCUGCAGCGCAACAGCACUUAGCAUUAGCGUGCUAGCUGGCUGGACAGGAGCCGGGACUGCGCAGAAUCAGUAACCCGGGAGAUCCGCGCAGCGCUGUGCCAGAAAGUUCUCGUCAGAGUGUUGGUGUCAAGAUGUGUGAUCAGAAGCAUGUCAGACAGCACGGUGAUAUGAUAAACAGUGACCAUGGCGACCAGCUGUCAGCCAGUGAUGAAUCUGAGCCUGAACAACAACCCAGCAGAGCUCCAUUUGACCCAGACCUAGACCACAGUGAUGAUGAUGAUGAUGAUGAUGAUGAUGUGUGUGCACCAGCAGCUAUUCCCAUAUCUCAGAGUUCAUUCAGUCUGAGUGGAGGGACCUCAGCCUUCUCUGACCGCAGCCACAGUAUCUUUGACUGCCUAGACAGUAUUGGCAGGCAGACUUUCUCCUCUCUAAAUCAGAACACUGUUGCAGACGAAUCCUCACUUCACAGUCAAAACACAAGCCAUCCAUCAUCCAUCUGUCCCACACCACCAAAGAAGAGAUUAGUCCCAGACUACCUAGUGCAUCCUGAACGCUGGACACAUUACAGUCUGGAGGAUGUGAAUGAGAGCAGCGAUCAGGAAAAUAGCAGGGUGGCUUAUCAGUUCCUGUCCAGCCUGGGGCAAGAGGCAAGAGGCAGUUCCCCUUGUGACCUCCAGCACAAGAUGAUCUUCAGACCCAAGCAACUGCCGAAGGAACAACCUAAUGAUCAGCUUUCUCUUGUGAGUGCAAAGGAGACAGGAAUGCAUCUCAGUCACCUACUGGAGGAGGAGGAGGAGGACGAAGAGGAAGAAGGAAGGAAAACAGAAGAACAUCUAGACAAAACUGAGAAAGGACAAAAAGAUGAAGAGAAGGACACGAGUGGAGCUAUGGGUCAAGGAGAGGAAAAGAAAGAGGUGCAAAAAGAAAAGAAGGUAGAAGAGUCCAGGUGCCAGUUCACCUCCUUCAGGAAUAUGAUGACUAAAAACUACAGGAAGCGUCCCGGCUGUGAGGACAACUGAUGACAGCAGUGACGUCCUCACCGUCAGCAGCUCAGUGUUUCAUCGUACGGUCAUAUGUGAACUGUACUCUUACUCCGCAUGCCUUAUCACCUGUGUUUGUUCUGUUUCAGCCAGCAGCGAUGUUCCAGAGUGCUUCACUUCAUACUUCAAGUUUCCUUAUUGUAGAAUUUUAGUUCCUGUUGUAUUUGGUAUUGUGAGAUAAAGUGUUGAAUUCAAAGGUUUUUGAGAAAAUAAGAAAUGGAAAGUUUUCCCAGUGAUAGUAAUUACUACCAUUAAAAACAAAUAAACACACCUUCA